AUGAAUCUCUACACUGAGCCGCCCGAGUUGCGCAGGUUCUCGCAAGACAAGCCCUCGCUGCUUGUUUGCUGGUGGAUAACGUCAUUUUGCACCGUCAUCAUCCUGCUGCGAGUCGCCGGCCGCUUCAUUCGAACCGAGAGGCUGUUCCAAGAGGACAAAGUCGCCGCCCUCGCCCUGAUCCCUCUUUGGCUUCGGAUGGCUUGUGUGCAUUUUGUUCUGCUCUACGGGACCAACAAUGCGCAGUUCGACGGGAUCACUUUGUCCGAAGAAGUCGAGACGAGGAAGAGAAUUGCAAGUGGUCUCGUGCUUGCGAGCCGCAUCUUCUACGCAGCGACAUUGUGGAUUCUCAAGAACACCAUUUUAGAGUUCUUCAAGCGUCUGACCGGCGUGACUUGGGCACGUUCCUACGAACAGACGCUCGUUUUCAUCAGAUGUACCUUGGUUGCAACGUUUAUUGCCAUCGUCAUCAGCGAUCUGGCUGAAUGUCGACCCGUUCAUCAUUAUUGGCAGGUUACUCCUGACCCAGGAGGGCAAUGCCGCCAAGGCUUCGCCCACCUCAUUACCAUGGCGACGUGCAACAUCCUCACCGAUUUGCUCCUUGUCUUCUUCCCGAUUCCAAUCAUCUUGCGCAGCCAGAUGAACGUCAAGAGGAAAGUCCAGCUCACACUGCUCUUCUCUCUCAGCCUAUCCGUCAUCGGCGUCACGAUCUACCGCGUUCCCCACGUCAUCAGGGACCACGGCAAGCAACAGCUGCGAUCGGUGUUGGCAUCAGUCGAGCUUCUAUUUGCGACCACGGCAGCCAACGCGCUGGUUCUUGGCUCGUUUGUGCGGGAUCGAGGUAUCAAGAAACGAAAGUUCAAAUACGGCUCCGUGGCCGCAGACUCGAUGGACCGAGGCUCCGACUCGCGACGGCCGACCCUACACCAACACUGGGGCAGUGACGAAGAUCUUGUGCGCGACGUCGGCCUCGGGGUCGAUCCCGACUUACGAGGACGAGCCGGAUCGCAAGAUGAGUUGGAUACCGAGCAGCUUCGCUACACUCCUGCCCCAGUUGCCAGACCAUUUGGCGAGGAGCUGAGGCAGUGGCAAUUCCCUCAGCGAAAAGGAAGCAAUGCCGAGCGUAGCGACGCGUCGCUUCUACCCCACGACCUCUCUUCUUCGAGGAGCAACUCGACCACGACGCCCCGGAGAGUUUCUUUCUUCGACGUGGGAGGCUUGCUAUCGGAAGACCAGGUCGGGGCGGGACCGACAUUCCGUAGAGACAGCAUCGUCUCGAGCGUGGACCCGAUGUCGGUUGUUAGCGGUCACGGCGCACCCUCGCCAGCCUUGCCCGCUUCAUCGACUGGGUUACGACGUGGAUCUACAGCGCUGCUGCAAGACCUGGGCGGUUUCUUGGGCCCUCUCAACACGAAACAUUCACGCCAAACAUCUAGGACUGGUACGGAGCUACAACCCAUCCCGCAAUCGCAACACGAUGACCACCCAUCGUAUAACCCUCGGCCUGGCGAGCCCACACUCAGUGACCCUGGCGGCCUUUUGAAGUAG